GUAGCUACAGUACCGGCCUCGGCGCCGGUAAAUAUGGCGGAGGUCAGCUUAAGGUUGUUACGGAGUAAAGCUCGGCCUCACACCAUUGAAGAGAGGCUUCUUUGCGGCAGGAAACAUGGCGGCUCCUUGUUCCUACUAUGCCAGGUGCCCACUAGGGUUGUUGUCUCUGAGCACAGCCAUAGACUGCGGUUCUAUACAUUGUGGCCCUCAGGAACCCACAGGGGCCGGUGUUUGGCCAGGCAGAUGAACACCAGUCAGGAGGUACGUUUAUAUUCUCAGUGGUCGGGUUCCCGAGCCUCCUAUCACCAGUAUAACCAUCGCAGAAAUGGCCCCAAUGGUGCUCAAGAUUUGGGGGCCCCCCCUGUAUAAAAGCCGCACAGGGUACUAUGACAUUUUGGAGGUGACGGGAAACGCCACACAGUCCCAGAUCAAGACGGCCUAUUAUAAGCAGUCCUUCCGCUUCCACCCUGACCGCAACUCCGGAAACGAAGACGCCGCUAGGCUGUUUGGGCUGGUGACGGAGGCGUACCACGUAUUGGGCAGCGUCAGCCUGAGAAGGAAGUAUGACCGUGGCAUCCUGAGCCUGGACGACGUCCGCUCCGCAAAGAAACCAAGCGUGAAAAGCAGCAGCCCUUCCCUGAAAGAAGCGGGCGGUCAGAGAGAGGCGUCCACGACGUCCAAUUCCAACACACCCGCCAAGCCCAUGUUUGAUUUUGACGCCUUCUACCAGGCCCAUUACGGGGAGCAGCUGGCCCGGGAGCGGUCCUGGAAGGCCAGGCGGGAGGACAUAGAGAAGAGGAAGCUGGAGAAGAAAACCGUUGCAUCGUUUAAUAAGCUGGGAGAGCUGUCGGCCUUGCUGCUAUUCGUGUCGGCCACCAUCAUGAUCGUAUGCCUACGAUAAAACCACUAUAUACUGGUCAUCCAGUGGGGGCAUCAUGGGCGCGCCUUGGCAUAUGGGUGUCCCAUAUCCCUCAUUCAUUAAAGCGUAGCGUGACAAGCCUACGUGGCCACCUCUCUGCUUAGAACGGUGGUCUAGGUGCAUCCGUUGUCAGAAUUGUUCAGACCCCCCCCCCCCUCACCUGACACAUUGCAUAUCCAAUGUACUAUCGAUGACUGAUGUGAAGACCCCUUUAAGUGAUAGAUCUGUGAGUAUCCUAUACUGGGUAACAAGGUUUUUAAAUCUGCGUAAAAAAUGGGGUCACAUCUCGGUCCUGAGAGGCUUAAAUGAAGAAGUCCUAAUGUAAUGUUUUAAAUUGUAAAAUGUAAAAAUGUUUCAAAUUGAA